UUUCAACGUAAAGCUACAGGUUAGCUAUCAGCUGUGAGACUGAAGUUGUCAACGUUGGGUCACUUAGCCAUUUUUCUUAAUUAAGCCUUAUCACAGAACAUCAGCUGGUGUUUAGGAAGUUACAGACAGAAUGAUUCAACAUAGUGUGACUCUACCGAAGAAGCUACCGUUGGUGAUUGUUUCAGAUGGUGUUUUGUUGCCUGGCUCAACCAUCCGUAUACCUGUAUCCACUGUUAAAAACAUCAACUUGGUUAGAUCACGCUUGACCACUGGCAACAGGUUAAGGAACACUAUCAUUGGCAUCGUUACCAAGGAGAUCAGAAAGGAGUCUCAACUUGGCUCGCUCCAUGAGAUUGGCACAGCUGCAUUGGUUGUGCAGGUGACUGGUACCAAUUGGCCACGUCCAUCGUACACGCUUCUGGUUAUGGAGUAUGUAGAUUUAAAUUGUUAUCCAUCAUCCAAGAACAUUCCUUUACCCUGUGGGUUGGGGCAGUUAUGCAGAUUGAUUAUAACAAAAGUUUAG